AGGGUGAAGAAUAAAAUACUAAACCGACUUUAUUUCGCUUUUUUCAAUCAAAAGUGACUGAAAAUUUAAAAAAAAUUUAACUCUCCCCCCCCAUUUAAUAACGAACACUUUUUUUGUUCGUUAUUAAAUGGGGUCUAACUUAUAAAAUUGUUUGCAAAAAAAAAUAUAUAUAAAAACUUAUAUUAAAUAUCUAUGAAUUUUUUAUAUAAAAAUUCCAAUUAAAGAGUUAAUAAUAAAGGGUUUCAAAUGAUGGCACAGAAAGAGAAAGCGCCUAAAUGAAAGCGAAAAGAUAACUAUUGCUAACUUCCCACCCCUCCGUGAGCGAACAAAAACCAUUAGAAAAAUCCCUCAUCCUCCGUUAGCGAAUAAAUUUUUUUUUAAUAGAAAAAUUUUUUAUGGAAAAAAUUUUUAUAUAUAAAUGAUAAUUAUUAUAAUGAAAUCUGGAGCUAAUUCUGUUUAAUUUUAAACAAAUUACGUUUUAAAAACAUAAAUUCUACAAAUUCAAUUAAUAUUUGCUUUCCAAUUUUUGCGAAUUAGGAUUUUUUUAAUUUCGAAAAAAAAAAAUUAUCUAUAAAAUUUAUAAAUAAUUUUUUAUAAAAAAAAUUAACCCCCUUCGUAAGCGAACGAGAGAUUUUUUGUUCACUCAUGGAGCGGGGGGGAGUAAAGCACCAGCUUAAGAUUAAGCCACUAUUAGCUAUUAGCUCUUAUUUAUUAUUCUUUGCUCGAUUAUAUUUGUCCUUAUCUUAUUCUAACUACUUAAAAUUAGUAAACUAUAAAGACUAAAUUAGCUUAUAUAAAUUUUAUAGUAAAUUUUGUUCGUUAUUAAAUGGGGGCCUAAGGAAAAAUUUUUAAUAAAAAAAAUGACGGUUUUUUUCGUUAUUAAAUGGAGGGGGUGAGUAAGUACUAAAAGUAUCGUGGUGAAAAUAAAAACUACAAAGUGAAUGUGUAAAAAUAACGAUGGAUUUUUGCCCAAAAAAAUGGCGGAAAGACAUCAUAGCAAAAAAGUAUACCUUCAAGAGCAAAUGAUAUUAAGCAGAGAGAUAGCAGGCUGACAUUAUAAAGCAAUAUGAAUUAGUGUAUAUUGUGCAAUAAAAAAUCAUUGAUAAUAAGUGCAUUAAAUAAUCUUAUGAAUAGCUAUUUAUUAUAUCUAAAUCAGACGCAAAAGGUAUAUAUUAAAUGAAAAAAGAGUGUUUAAAAAUAUGAAAAAAUGUGUAUUAAAAAUAUUAACAUCAAAAAUUGGUAUGAAAAACCUUCAAGUAUUUUCUGAUGGUACAAAAACAGGUGUUCAAAUACAAAUAGAUAAAAAGGUAAAAAAAAUUACUAUGCGCUGGUAAAAUAUAUCAUAUUUUCUAUACUAUUUGUGCACUAGAAAUACCUUAUUUAAAUUUAGUUAGAAGACAAAAAUAGUAUUGCUUUUUAAUAUCAGCCUGCUAUCUCUCUGAUUAAUAUCAUUUAUCCUAAAGGUAUAUAUUUUAUCUAUGAUGCUUUUUCACAUUUUUUGGGUAAAAUGCAUCUAUAUUAUUUUUACUACUUCAUUUUAGUUUUUAACCCUUUCACUUUAUAGUUUUUUACUUUUCACGGGAUGAAUUUAACACUAAAAAAAUUUUUUGAACAGUUUUAACUGAAAAAAAAAAAUGUAUUUUUUUCCUUCUUACCCUCAAAAAAUAUGGUCGCUUAUUCUCCGGUGAAAAUCUCACUUCUCACAGCGAUCAUUGUUAUCAUACUCACAAAACUCCCUGGAUGGGUCAAAUUAAUCCGACGCAAAGGUCUGAAGCAAAUUAUUAUCCAAAAAGUUUCUCGUUUUCUUUUAAGGUUCAAGUAUUUCAAGAAACAAUUCCAGCAAAAAAAUGAUGCAACAAAGGAAGAACUUCUGAAAGUGAUGCUGGCACAUAGAGAAGACCCAAUAACUGCUCUUCCUGCGUCUGGAAUUGAUACUAAAACACUAUUUGAAAGAUUAAGCAAGUGGGCAGAAAGAGAUGGCCCUAUUUAAAAAUUAUAUAGCAAAAUAAAAAAAUAUUUAAUUAAAAUUAUAUACCAAAGAGACGUCGAAUUCCAAAAAGGUGGCAGAAUUUCAGGUGCUAUUUAUCACGGAGGUAAAAAUCUACAAGUUAUAGCAGCCAAAGCUAUGAAAUCCUUUAUAAUCUCCAAUCCUCUUCACCCUGAAAUUUUCCCAGCUGUUAGACAAAUGGAAAGCGAAAUUGUCCAAAUCACAAUAAAUUUGUUUAAUGGAGGGCCAAAUGCAUGCGGAAUUUUAACACAAGGAGGAACAGAAAGUCUUUUAUUAGCAAUGCUUGCAUACAGAGAAUGGGGCAGAGAGCAAGGCAUCACUGAGCCUGAAAUCUUGGCCCCAGUGUCUGUUCAUGCAGCUGUUGACAAAGCAGCACAUUAUUUUGGCAUGGAGCUGGUUCAUGUAAAACUUGGCCCUGAUUUCAAAGUAGACAUUAAUGCAGUAAGGAAAAAAAUUUCUAGAAACACAGUUGUAAUUAUAGGAAGCGCUCCUUGCUAUGCAUAUGGAGUUAUCGAUAACCUUGAAGAAUUAGGAAAAUUGGCAAUCAAGCAUAAAAAAAAUUUCCACAUUGAUGGCUGCUUAGGUGGCUUUUUGCAUCCAUUUAUGAAAGAUGCAGGCUACAAUAUCCCUUUAUGCGAUUUUUCAGUCCCAGGUGUAACUUCAAUUUCUUGUGAUCCUCACAAGUACGGAUACACGCCUAAAGGAGUCUCAUGCUUAAUGUUUGCUAAUCAAGAAUUAAGAAAAUAUAGCUACUUUGUGUCGCCUACAUGGACUGGAGGAAUUUAUGCAACUCCAACUUUAUCAGGAAGCAGGACUGGCUGUAUAUCUGUUGGCGCUUGGACUACCCUUUUGAGUAUGGGCAGGGCUUCUUAUAUUGAGUGCGCUAAAUCUAUAAUGGACGCAGCUACAUAUAUUAAGAGAGAAAUUGUAAAAGUUCCUCAUAUUGAACUUAUGGGAGACCCACUUAUGAGUGUGGUGGCGUUUCAGUCAAAAACUGUCAAUGUUUGGGCAAUUGUGUCAGCUAUGAGCAGAAUUGGAGGAUGGGGAUUAAAUGCAAUCCAAAACCCUCCUGGAGCGCAUUUAUGCGUCACUUAUGCUAAUGCCCCUCAAGCUGAAAAGUUUAUUGAAGACCUUCGCAAAGCUGUUGAAGAAGUCUUGAAAUCUCCUGAUGUGAAUGCUUAUCAUACUUGCCAGCUAUAUGGAAUGGUUACUUCAUUUCCUGAUAAGAAAAUUGUGGGAGAUAUUAUGUCAAACUACGUUGAUUGUUUGUUUACUGCAUAA